AUGUCUCUUUUAAUUCCUGGUCCUAAAUCACCUGGGAAAGAGAUAGAUGUGUACUUGCGACCUUUGAUCAACGAACUAAAGGAUCUAUGGGAUGAUGGGGUGGAAACAUAUGAUGCAUCAACUGAACAAGUAUUUCAAUUACAUGCUGCUGUGAUGUGGACCAUUCAUGAGUUUCCAGCAUAUGGAACAGUAUCUGGAUGGAGCACAAAGGGUUAUAAAGCAUGUCCAGUAUGUCUUGACGAAACUAAAUCCCAAAGAUUACGGAGUAAAAUAUGCUAUACAUGCCACCGUCGAUUCUUGAAUGUGCAACACCCAUGGCGUAGAAAUAAGAAUUUCAAUGGAAAGGUUGAACAAGAAGGACCACCACGAAGACUUAAUGGUUAUGAGAUUUUAGCACAGUUAAAUGCAUUACCCCAAGUGACAUUCAGUAAGGAUCCUACAUUAAGUAAAAAGCGGCAGCGAUCUUUGGAUGAAAUCAAUUGGGUAAAAAAGUCUAUAUUUUUUGAGUUAAAGUAUUGGCCAGAUUUAAAGUUGAGACACAAUUUAGAUGCGAUGCACAUAGAAAAAAACAUCUGUGAUGCUUUGGUUGACACAUUAUUUAAUAUAGAUGAAAAAUCAAAGGAUACAUUUAAAGCAAGGUUAGAUUUGCAGGAUAUGGGAAUUAGAAGUGAAUUGCAUUUAAAGAAAGUUGGAGACAAAUUUAGUAAACCAUAUGCAAGUUACACAUUGACAUUAGAAGAAAGACGUGAAUUUUGUCAAUUUUUAAAAUCCGUGAAGUUUCCUGAUGGAUAUGCUGCUAAUAUAUCUAGAAAUGUGAAUGCAAAUGAUGGAAAGUUACAUGGACUAAAAUCACAUGAUUGUCAUGUUUUGUUGCAAAGAAUACUUCCAGUGGCCGUACAAAAAUUCCUUCCAAAAGACAUAUGCCGCACACUAAUUGAGUUAUGUGAUUUUUUCAAAAAGCUAACUGCAAGAACUUUACACUUAGCGGACUUAUGUAAAAUGGAGAAGGAAAUAAUCUUCAUAUUAUGUAAGAUGGAACAAAUAUUUCCUCCAGCAUUUUUUGACAUUAUGGUUCAUUUGGCAGUUCAUUUACCUCGUGAAGCUAUGUUAGUUGGACCUGUUUCUUCACGAUGGAUGUAUCCUUUUGAACAAUAUUUGGGCAGACUAAAAAGGUAUGUUCGUAAUAAAGCAAGGCCUGAAGGAUCUAUUGCAGAAGGGUAUAUUGUAAAUGAGGCAUUGACUUUCAGUUCCUUAUAUAUGAGUCAAAUUGAGACAAGAUUUAGUAGGUCAGAACGAAACCAAGAUGUUCAACCAGUAACAUGCAACUUAAGUAUUUUCUCACAACAAACAAGAGUAUUUGGCAAUCCACAUAAUCUGAAAUUGCCUUUGACUUUGUAUAAGAAAGCACAUUGGUAUAUUCUCAACAAUUGUAAGGAAGUUGACCAAUAUAGGAAGUAA